AUGUUCGUGUACAAGCGCGACGGACGCAAGGAGCGUGUCCAGUUCGACAAGAUCACAGCCCGUGUCUCGAGGUUGUGUUACGGCCUCGACCCCGACCAUGUCGACGCUGCUGCUAUCACCAUGAAGGUCAUUGCCGGUGUCUACCAGGGCGUCAACACAAUCCAAUUGGACGACUUGGCUGCCGAGACUGCUGCAUACAUGACAACCACCCACCCCGACUACGCCGUUCUCGCCGCACGUAUUGCCGUGUCCAACCUCCACAAGCAGACCAAGAAGCAGUUUUCUGCUGUCAUCUCGGAUCUGUACCACUAUGUCAACCCCAAGACCAGAAAACGCGCCCCCAUGAUCUCAGAAGAGACAUACAAGACAGUCAUGGACCACGCCGAAGAGCUCAACUCGGCCAUUGUCUACGACAGAGAUUUCAACUACCAAUACUUCGGUUUCAAGACGCUAGAGCGCUCAUACCUCCUCAGACUCGAGGGCAAGGUUGCCGAGAGACCCCAGCAGAUGAUCAUGCGUGUCGCUGUCGGUAUCCACGGCGAGGAUAUUGAGGCUGCCAUUGAGACCUACAACUUGAUGUCGCUCAAGUACUUCACCCACGCUUCGCCCACUCUCUUCAGUGCUGGAACUCCCCAGCCCCAGCUCGCUUCAUGCUUCUUGAUUGACAUGAAGGACGACUCUAUUGACGGUAUCUACGAUACUCUCAAGACCUGCGCCAUGAUCUCAAAGAAUGCUGGUGGUAUUGGUCUCAACGCUCACUGCAUCCGUGCAACUGGCUCUUACAUCGCCGGUACCAACGGCACAUCCAACGGUCUCGUUCCCAUGCUCCGUGUCUUCAACAACACUGCUAGAUACGUUGACCAGGGUGGCAACAAGCGUCCCGGUGCCUUCGCCAUUUACCUCGAGCCUUGGCACGCCGAUGUCUUCGCCUUCCUCGACCUCCGCAAGAACCACGGUAAGGAGGAAGUUCGUGCUCGCGAUCUCUUCUACGCCCUCUGGAUUCCCGAUCUCUUCAUGAAGCGCGUCGAGCAAAACUCGACCUGGACUUUGAUGUGCCCUAGCGAGUGCCCUGGUUUGGCUGAUGUCUAUGGUGACGAGUUCGAGGCUCUGUACGAGAAGUACGAGCGUGAGGGCCGUGGUCGCGAUACCAUCCGCGCUCAGAAGCUGUGGUACGCCAUCCUCGAGGCUCAGACCGAGACCGGCAACCCCUUCAUGCUUUACAAGGAUGCCUGCAACCGCAAGAGCAACCAGAAGAACCUCGGUGUCAUCCGCAGCUCCAACCUGUGCACCGAAAUUAUCGAGUACACUGCUCCCGAUGAGGUCGCCGUCUGCAACUUGGCCUCGCUCGCUCUGCCUACCUUCGUCGACAUGAACGAGGAGAAGUUCGACUUCAAGAAGCUCCACGAGGUUGUCCAGGUCGUUACCAAGAACUUGAACAAGAUCAUCGAGAUCAACCACUACCCUGUCCCCGAGGCUCGCAAGAGUAACUUCCGCCACCGUCCUAUUGGUCUUGGUGUUAGCGGUCUUGCUGAUGCUUUCCUCGCCCUUCGUAUGCCUUUCGACUCUCCUGAGGCGAGACAACUCAAUAUCCAGAUUUUCGAGACCAUCUACCACGCCGCCUUGACUUCGUCUUGCGAUCUGGCUGAGAAGCUUGGCCCCUACGAGACCUACGCUGGCUCUCCUGUCUCUAAGGGUGAGCUCCAGUACGAUAUGUGGGGCGUCACUCCCUCUGACCUCUGGGACUGGGAGGCCUUGAAGGAGAAGAUUGCCAAGGAUGGUGUCCGCAACUCGCUGCUUGUUGCACCUAUGCCUACCGCAAGUACUUCGCAGAUUAUGGGCUUCAAUGAGUGCUUCGAGCCCUACACCUCCAAUAUCUACUCUCGUCGUGUUCUUGCUGGAGAGUUCCAGGUCGUCAACCCUUGGUUGCUCAAGGAUCUCGUCGACCGCGGUCUUUGGUCUGACAACAUGAAGAAUCGCAUCAUCGCUGACGGUGGUUCUAUUCAACGCAUUCCCAACAUCCCCGACGAGCUCAAGGCUCUUUACAAGACCGUUUGGGAGCUCAGUCAGCGUCACAUCGUCCAGAUGGCUGCUGACCGUGGUGCCUUCAUUGACCAGUCUCAAUCGCUCAACAUCCACAUGCAGGCUCCUACUAUGGGCAAGAUCACCAGCAUGCAUUUCACUGGCUGGAAGCUCGGCUUGAAGACCGGCAUGUACUACCUUCGUACCAUGGCUGCUUCCGCCCCUAUUCAGUUCACUGUCGACCAGGAGAAGCUCAAGGUCGUCGACACCAACGUUGCCCGCAACCCUGCUAAGAAGCGUGGAAUUGCCGGCGCUGGUUCGCCUGCCAUCCAAUCUCCUACCCCUCAGCCCAUGUACGAUUCGAAGCAACCUCAGAACUCGGCGGUCGCCAACGGUGUCCCCACACCUUCGACUACUCCUCCGCUCGAGGCUGAGACCAAGUCGACUCCUAAGAAGGAGCUGCCCAUGAGAGCACCCCCGUUCACUGCUGACCUUCCUGAAGGAAGCAGCCCUAAAUUGGUCGCCGCCGACAGCAAUGUUGGUACUCCCGACGAGGAGAUCAAGAGAACUGUCAACCAAGAUGAGGAUGCUGCCGACGACAGCAAGGAUCGUGAGGGCGACAUCUACGCUGACGCCGUCCUGGCUUGCAGCAUUGACAACCCCGAGUCUUGCAUCAUGUGCAGUGGUUAG